UCUUCGGUUCCUUGACGUCAUGACCGUGGGCCACGAGGAAGAUGUGAUGACAAAAUGCCGGCUUCUCACUCGCUAUAAUACAACCACCUUGAUACCGUAUGAAUGACUUGACAACAUUUCGCACUCUACCAACAAACUAUUCCCUAACUGUGAAACUCAUACGGCAAAAUGGCUGGCCUCGUUCCCGAAUCCGUCCAAAAAGUAGCACACGCCGCGCUGGGCUCCCGCGAGGGCGACAAGCUCAAGGACCUCGCCCACAACACCAAGGAUAUGACCAACAAGGACCGCCUAACAACAGAUUAUGGCGUUAAGCAAAGUACCGCCGAUGACUGGCUCAAGGCGGUGAGCCCGGAAAAGGCAGGGCCACUCCUGCUUGAGGACCCCUUUGCCCGCGAGAGGAUUAUGAGAUUUGACCAUGAGAGGAUCCCCGAGCGAGUGGUUCACGCCCGUGGCUCCGGUGCCUUUGGCAAGUUCAGAGUGUAUGACAGCAUCGAUGAUCUGACCUUCGCGCCCGUCUUGACCGACACGUCGCGCGAGACUCCUGUUUUCGUCCGCUUCUCAACUGUCUUGGGUAGCCGAGGUAGCAUGGAUACAGCGCGUGAUGUGCGUGGCUUCGCAGUCAAGUUCUACACAGAGGAAGGCAACUGGGACCUCGUCGGCAACAACAUUCCCGUAUUCUUUAUCCAGGAUGCCAUCAAGUUCCCCGACAUCAUCCACGCGGGCAAGCCCGAGCCGCACAACGAGGUGCCCCAGGCACAGACCGCCCAUAACAACUUCUGGGAUUUCCAAUUUAACCACACUGAAUCAACACACAUGUUCAUGUGGGGAAUGAGCGACCGGGCCAUCCCUCGUUCCUUCCGCAUGAUGCAGGGCUUUGGUGUCAACACCUUUACUUUGAUCAACUCGAAGGGCGAGCGGCAUUUCGUCAAGUUCACGUGGACACCCGAACUCGGCGUGCACUCGCUGGUUUGGGAUGAGGCGCUCAAGCUCGGUGGACAGGACCCCGACUUCCACCGCAAGGACCUGUGGGAGGCCAUCGCUAACGGAGCGUUCCCCAAGUGGAAGUUUGGCAUCCAAGUCAUCCCCGAGGCCAAGGAACACAAAUUCGACUUUGACAUCCUCGACGCAACCAAGGUCUGGCCCGAGGAUCUGGUCCCGACCCGCUACAUCGGCGAGAUGGAGCUCAACCGCAACCCCGACGAGUUCUUCACCCAGGUCGAGCAGAUCGCCUUCUGUACCAGCCACAUCGUCCCCGGCAUCGGCUUCAGCGACGACCCGCUCCUCCAGGGCCGCAACUUCAGCUACUUCGACACCCAAAUCUCCCGCCUAGGUGUCAACUUCGAGGAGCUGCCCAUCAACCGGCCGACCUGCCCCGUCAUGAACUUCAACCGCGACGGUGCCCUCCGCCACACCAUCACCCGCGGCACCGUCAACUACUGGCCCAACCGCUACGAAGCCUGCCCGCCCGCCACCGAAGCCGAGGGCGCCUACGUCGAAUACGCCCAAAAAGUAGCCGGCAUCAAAGCGCGCAUCCGCAGCGACAAAUUCAAAGACCACUUCAGCCAAGCCCAGCUCUUCUGGAACAGCAUGUCGCCCAUCGAGAAACACCACAUCAUCAACGCCUUCAGCUUCGAGCUCGACCACUGCGAAGACCCCGUCGUCUUCGGCCGCAUGGUCCAGCGCCUGUCCGACAUCGACCUCACCCUCGCCCAGACCGUCUGCGAGCGCGUCGGCGGCGACGCCCCCAAGGAAGGCCGGCCCAACCCGGGCCGCCGCGCCCCUGCGCUCAGCCAGGCCGAGUUCCCCGGUGCGAACCCGACCAUCGCCUCCCGCCGCGUCGCCAUCCUCGUCGCCGACGGCUACGACAACGUCGCCUACGACGCCGCCUACGCCGCGCUGUCGUCCGCUCUGGCCGUCCCCCUCGUCGUCGGCACGCGCCGCAACAAGAUCACGGCGGCGAACGGCAGCAACUCGACGCAGCCGCACCACCACCUGGAGGGGCUGCGGUCGACGAUGGUGGACGCGCUGUUCAUCCCCGGCGGCGCGCAGGCCGUGGAGACGCUGGCCAAGAAUGGGCGGGCGCUGCACUGGAUCCGUGAGGCGUUUGGGCAUCUCAAGACGAUUGGUGCCACCGGCGAGGCGGUGGAGCUGGUGCAGAAGGCGAUUGGCUUGCCGAGUGUCACUGUGUCGGGGUCGGGGGAGGCGCAGGAGAGUUAUGGGGUGGUUACGAUGAGGGAGUUGAAACCGGAGAGUUUGGGCGAGGCGGUGACUAUUGCGAAGGGGGCGACGGGGUUCAUGGAGAAGUUCUUCUAUGGUAUCUCGCAGCACCGUUGCUGGGAGAGGGAGCUGGCGGGGUUGAAUGCCCAGGUUGCGUAUUAGGGUUGUUUGUGGGGGUUGUAUGAUCUGUGUGAGGAGUUGCCCGCACGGUUUACGUGUAAUGGGGGCACGUUUGUGUGUUUGGUUGUACAAAUUGUACGGUAAUGCCACACGCUCCUGUAACCUUUGGUACUGGUUCAAGUUGCUUUCUGUUUGAUGGGAAUACAAUUGGGGAUGGGCCACAACUUGGUCACGCCGGCUUGCUUCUGCUGUAGAGAUGUGGCUGGUGGUGUUCGAGUCAUGGGAACAAGUGCCCGCGUUCAUCCCGCCGCCGUGAGGAGUCAUGCGUGGGGCAAGGGGCGUCGUGGAGUUUUGUCAACUCAUCCCUGCG